ACGCGACUCGAUGGACACCAGCACCCGGUGAUUGGCCAUCAGCACCACCACCACCAUCAUCAGCACCCGGGUCGCCGGCACCACCACUCGGACAUCAAUGACCAGCAUAUCGUGCACUUGCAGAUGAGGGACACCCUAUCGGCGGCCGAUGUGCGCCGGACUAUACGUGGUCUCUGGAACCUGGACUGCGCCUCCUUUUUCGCCUGUUUUUUCUGUUGCAUUAAUAUGUAUACAAUCAGCCGGUUCUCGGUUCUCACCUAUUUCUUCAAAGGUCCGUUCAUAAUCCAAUUCCUGAUCUUAAGCAUCGGUUUCGGACUACCAUUCCUGUUGCUCAUGAUGUCGUUGGGCCAGUAUUUAGGGUCCGGUUUCUACGACAUGUGGUUCAUUAGUCCCGCGUUUAAAGGAAUCGGAGCGGCAUUCCUGUUGACAUACAUAAGCUAUGGUCUAUACAGCUCCGUACCCAUCGCCUGGCUGUUUGUCUACUUUAGGGACGCGUUUGUGGCCACCAGUGACUCGGCCUACAAGUGGUCCUAUUGUAACACCAGGGUCGCCACAAAUAGUUUAGUCAUGACUUUGAUCUGGUAUAUGGGGGGACAGACACAAUACAUGAUUAUAAUAGAGAAAACAAUUACAGACUGUUUGCUGGCAUUGAAUUCAUCGUCGUAUGACUACAUCGGUUGGUCCGUGUCUUCGUAUUUUCACGGUCGAGUGCUGGACCGGAACCAAAGGCACCAAAACAAAGAAGUGAAGAUUGAGUUAUCGUUUCAUUUAUGCAUCGUUUGGACCAUUAUUUGCAUUACACUUAUCAAAGGCUUUCACUCGACG